AUGUCUUUUAAUAUCGAUCAAGCGUCUCAUACAGUAGCAAAAUCAGUUCCUGAUGAAGAGAAUAGCAGUAUUUCAAGCUGCCAAACCGUAAACGCUGUUGCUGCUGUGAGUAGCAAGAAAACUUACGUUUGCACAUACUGUUCCAAAGUGUUCACCAAACCCAGCGCUCUACGACCUCAUAUAUACUCCCAUACGGGGGAAAAGCCUUUCGCUUGUACUAUUGGCGGAUGUGAACGUCGAUUUUCUGUGAUCAGCAAUCUUCGCCGCCAUUGGAAAUCACACCAGCGAAAGCUGUCUCGAGAAGCAUAUAGAAUAUCGGGUGAUCGGCUGAUAAAGCAAAUCAAACCUCUCCCUCAUACCACCAGUUAUCCAUCACCGGAAGCGGCACCAAACUACCUCAAAGGUUUCGUUAUGGCUCAAGACGUGAUAAGUUGCAGCUUGAAUUAUUCAGCAACACAUCCGAGUAUGCUGCAACUACUCCUUAACGGCGAUGAUGGUCGUUCACAAUUCCCGCAUGAGGACGACGCUGUAUGGGUACAAGAUUACCAGCAACCAUUUACACCCAAGUAUUCAUGGAGCGAACCAGUGGAAGAUAUUCUUUCUUGUGUUUUCCCGAGUGGUACUCCAUUUGGUUGA